AUGGGUCGAAGACGCAGGCCACGCGUUCAGCCACAUCCUCCAUCGGUGAGACCGCCACGUAAAAAACAAAGAAGACAAAAAACGAUCAAAGGAUCCAAAAAGAUUUUGUUAUCGUCGCUAUUUGCACUUAAUCCAGACGUCGUCUAUGCAUACCUGACCGACCCAAAACGCUUCAGUUAUUGCUUCGUCACGUUCUUCGUUGUGCUUUUACCUUGCUUCGCUGCGAUUUCGCUGCUUGCUUAUCGCUCAUUACUAGUCGUCGCUCAAAUAACAUACAGUGAAACCUGCAACAUGGAAACUUUGAUACCGUAA